AUGAGUGAAGAAAAAACAGGAGAACAGAAAACUACAGAGCAAACACCGAAGCCAUCUGAAGAAGUAUUAUAUCCAGAUAGGCCAAUAGAGCUCAUGAGAUUGCCUAACUUAGCAAGAACUGCAGGUGCAGCAGAUCAUCAAUUCAUAUCCGCGUUUAGAAAAUCUCCAUUUUACUUCGAAACAUCAUUAUCUCAACAGCAAGAAAGAGUAUUAAAUCCAACACGCCAUGAAUUACUUAAACACAUAACAACAGAUGCUCCAACGUUUGCUUUCCCAGCAUGCUUAUUAAAUCCGAAAGAUAAAAUUAAAUCUCUCGAAGAACUUAAAGGACAACAGGCCGAAGUUCUCGAUGAAGAUACAGUUAGACUCGAAUUCAAGAAUACAACAUCAAUUACAAGUGAAGAUGUCAUAGAUCAGGCUAAACUUGAUAGUUCUGAUGAUGACGAAGAAAAGUCUAACUCUGAAGAUGAUGAAGAUAUGGCUGCUGACUACGCCGCUCAGUAUGGUGACCAAGAAACGGGCGAUGUUGAUGAUGAAGAUGAUGAUGACGAAGGUGAUGAUGAUGAAUAA